AUGCUGCGCGCCUCCAUUCUUCGGGCCCGUCCAGCUGCCAGGCCAUUGGCUUGCCACGCCCGCCCGCAAUGGCAUGUCGCCAGACGCUUCUACGCCGAUGAUAAGAAGAGUCUGGGCGAGACGACCGUCCCCAAUCCGGCACCCACCACGGAGCCUUCACUGAGCCCAUCCAGUCCCGCCAACGACACAAACACCAUCCCUCCUUCGGACGUGCCAAAACCCCCGCCUGCUCCAGACAGCUCCAUCGCCGCUGCAGGCGCAUCGCGUGAUGCUCCCACCACCGCCCCCAAGACGACUCCCCCCACGGGGCCAGGCACGGCCAGUGUGGCACCGGACCCAGUCCAGCCAAAACCAAAGAAGAAGAAGAGGCGCUUUCUCCGUGGCUUCCUCCUCCGCCUUGCCAUCCUCUCGGGUCUAGGAUACGCUGGCGGUGUCUACUACUCUCUCGUCUCGGACAACUUCCACGACUUCUUCACAGAGUACGUUCCCUACGGAGAGGAUGCCGUCGCCUACUUUGAGGAGCGCGAGUUUAGGAAGCGUUUCCCCGGCCGUGCUGGCGACCCCCGGCUGCACCCCCAGAUCUCGGGAGAGAACAAGGUCACCAUUCCUGGAAACAGCGGCCUGACUGCCCGCCCGGUCAAGGAGAACAGCAGCGAUCUCGCUACUACAGGCCCGCAUCUGAGUGCCGUUGCCGACAACAACAAGGUGGACAAGGUCGAGUCGAGCGGACAGCAGCCCAAGGUCUCGUCUCAGGAAAAGAAGCCAGAGCCCAAGCAAGAAGCCCCUUCCAAGGCUAUUGCCCCGCUUGACCACCUUAAUGUCCCCGCUGCCACUGAGCCCGUUGUCCAGGAUGUCGUCAAGAUUGUUAAUGACAUCAUCACCGUUGUCAACGCAGACGAGUCCAACGGUGGAAAGUACAACUCGACCCUCGACAAGGCCAAGGGCGACCUUGCCAAGGUAGUUGCCGAUAUCAACUUGAUGAAAGCAAACCUCGAAAAGGAGUCCGAGGACAAGGUCAAGGCGGCUCACGCCGAAUUCGAGCAGGCCGCCAAGGAACUCGUACAGCGCCUCGACCACCAAAUGCAGGCCCAGGAAGCUCAGUUCAAGGAGGAAUUCGAAAACGAGCGCGAACGUCUAUCGCAGGGCUACAAGGAGAGGCUGCAGUCUGAGCUGCAAGUAGCCCAAAAGGUCUACGAGCAGAAGCUUAAGAACCAACUUCUCGAGCAGAGCAUCAGCAUGCAAAAGGCUUUCACUGCCACUGUCAAGGAGCGUGUUGAGGCUGAGCGCGAAGGCCGCCUAGGCAAGCUUAACGAGCUUUCGUCUUCGGUGCACGAGUUGGAGAAGCUGACGGCCGAGUGGAACAGCGUCAUUGACGCCAACCUCAAGACACAACAUCUUGUCGUUGCUGUCGAGGCUGUAAGGUCUGCACUCGAGUCUCAGAUCGUCCCCAAGCCAUUUGUCACUGAGCUGGCCGCUCUCAAGGAAAUCGCUGAGGAUGACCCCGUUGUCAGCGCUGCCAUUGCCAGCAUCAACCCCGCCGCCUACCAACGCGGCAUUCCCAGUUCCGCUCUCCUGAUUGACCGCUUCCGCCGUGUUGCCGCUGAAGUCAGGAAAGCUGCUCUUCUGCCCGAAGACGCAGGUGUCGCUUCUCACCUCGCCUCGCUCGCCAUGUCCAAGGUUCUGUUUAAGAAGUCUGGUCUCGCCGUUGGUGGCGACGUCGAAGCUACCCUCGCACGCACAGAGGUUCUCCUUGAAGAGGGCGACCUAGAUGCUGCUGCACGAGAAAUGAACAGUCUACAAGGAUGGGCAAAGGUACUAAGCAAAGACUGGUUGGCAGAAUGCAGAAGAGUCCUCGAGGUCAAGCAGGCCUUGGACGUUAUUGCCACUGAGGCUCGCCUGAACAGUCUGCUUAUUGACUAA